GCUACAAUCAAGAUGGCGGAGAACGAAGGACUCGAGGUGAUUGAGGAGACCGAAACGGGCGAGAAAGAUGAAAUGGAAGAGGAAUAUGAUCUUUCAGAGGACGACAACAUUUAUGAGGUGGAGAAAGUUGUCAAUUUGAUGUCACACGAGGGUAAAACUCUUUAUAAAGUACGAUGGCAAGGAUAUGGACCAGAGGAGGAUACUUGGGAACCGAGAGAGAACCUCCUAUCCUGCGAAGACCUUAUCGAUGAAUACAUCGAAAAGCAGAUGGAAAAAAAGCGUAAAAUGAGCAUCGCGGCCGUCAAUCGGCAUAAAAAGCGGCGAGAUGAACUGGCAAAGGGGACAUCAUCAGAGACAGAUUCUAAAGAGCCAGACUGCAUAAAGAAAGAACCAGGCAUAGAAGAAACAGACAAAACAGACAAGGAAGUUGAAACCACUGGAGACAAUAAUAUGAUUGAUGAAGACACUCUAAAGGAUACAUUUUGGCGAGAUCUAGAAAUGGGUCGUAUACAAUUAGGCGGUGAUAUGUACUCUAACGUCAAGGGGCGCCGAGCAGCAUUGCAAGCCAAGCAACUUGAACGAAAGAAGCAGGAGGAGAACCGAAAAAAAGCUGCUUCUGCUCGAAAGAAAAAAAUCAAGUCAGAAGAAGACGAGGAAGAGGAUGGAUUAGCAAAACCAAAAAAGAAGCGGAAAAUCAAAAUGAAAAGAAAGACUUCGGCUGCAGCAUUAGAUGCAUUUGAAACAUUAGAAAGCGCCACCAAGCGUACAUUAGAUUUAAGUAUGAGUAGUCCUGAACCAGCACUGAUAUCGCAGAGAAGUAUGAGCAGUAUUUCGUCUAGCUCUUACUCGCCAACUGAGGAAGCGGUUACCGUAGCAACCCUGGAAAAGUAUCACUCCUCAGGGAUGUUGAACAGCACUGAUGAUGAAAGUCUGCAUACUGAUGCCAGUGGUGAUAGCUAUAUGCAUCAUUUUUUAGAGUGUGGUACCGGUAGUAACUCUCGUCCACCUGGAAUGACAGAAUGUACGCUACGAAUAAAAGAAGAACCGCAGGAGAGCACCACUGACUGUUCUUCAAAUUGGAAAUUGUUUGGUGAUGUACUCGGUAAAAGGCAGGUUAUAGAAACACAGCAGACAACCAUGCACGAUAACAAGGAAUUGCACGGUGAUAAUGCUACGACGAUGACCGACAAAAGUGCUACUUUUUUUGGAAUCAAUGUUGGAAAAAAUAUUGAAAAUAAGGACAAACAAAUCACCCUUGAAAACACAAACACAGUACUACCACCUGACAUUAGUAGUAGUGAAAAACUAUUUUUAUCCAUAGGAAGGGAGAACAAGAAAAUAGGGAGGUCAACAUCCGAGGACAAUUCAAUUAAAUUGAAAACAAUUUUAAAAGACAUUCCUGAUGGGAAAGAAAAAUCAGAAAAGAAUAAGAGGCAUCAAAAUGUAUUAAAAGAAUUAGAAAGUGACAGUGACGUAGUGAUAAAUGUUGCUGAGGAGAGGAAUAAAGAUGUGGAAGAGUGGAGGAAAGAUGCAAAUGAUGAUAAAAUUAAAACGGUUGUUGAUGAAAAACGAAAUGAUUAUGAGGAGAACCGAAAAGAUGGACAUGAUAAAGAAGAUAAGAAUAGGAACAAGAAGACAAAGUGUUCAUCGUAUGCUUCAGAAAGUGAUGUCGAUUCACUUUUAGAGUUUGACCUCGAUGAAUAUGAUCCAAAUGAGAAUGUGGAAGAGGAGUUUGAUUUUCCCAGUGAAAUUACACAAGAAAUGUUCAAACAAGCUGUGAAAGAUGGGAACUAUCGUUUGGUGAACCAUGCACUGAGAACUAAGAGGCAAUAUAACCUACAUGAAACGGAGUCAUCAGGCAUGACUCUUGUUAUGUUAGCGUGUAGCGGACAGCAUGAUGAAAUUCUCAAGCUGCUUGUCACAAGUGGUGCACCUGUCAAUGCCAAACAGAUGAAUGGUACUACCGCGCUGAUGAUGGCGGCUGAAAGCGGUUAUACAAGCACUGUAGCUAUACUAUUAGAAGCUGGAGCGCAUGCCAACCAACAGCAGUCAGCUGGAGAAACAGCCUUAAUGAAGGCUUGUAAGAAAGGACAUAGGAUGAUUCUAAGGUUAUUAUUAGAGAACGGAGCUGAUCCAACGUUGUCCUCAACUCAUGGAAACACGUCUUUACAUUUUGCUAAAAUGUAUAGCCAACCGGUGAUACAGGAUUUACUUAAUGCACACACAACAAGAAUCAAUAAAGCAGUAGAGUCUGCUGUACUCCGAUAUCUGGCUGGCUGUGCCAGGAUACUGAAACCGUUAUUUCCGAAUCGUAUAUUUCCAGUCUGCGAGUCCACAGAUCAUUCAGUUACUUUUACAAUCAAAUCACCUCAGAUCCUGCAACAGCAAGGCGUGGGCACGUUGCUAUUUCUAAUACACGCUGGUUUCAGUGGGCAGAGCAUCAACUGUAAAUUGACUGGACCAUGCUGUGUUAAAGAAGUACAGCUAAAUAAUAUCCAGCAACAGCAAGUCAUCCAGGGGUCUAAUUUUGUAAUAUCACUUUGUACUAAACCGGGAUUAAAUUUGUUGCACAUCAACACUAUUCCGUUGCCGAAUUCUCCGUGCAAACUGUUGGUUUGUGGAUACAUUUUACAGCUCACGUCAUCAGCAUAAUGAAAACGUUCAAGACGACGUUCAAGACGACAUGUGUUACAAAAACACUGAUGUAUCUUUAUUUGUAUAGAGGGGAAAUUGUACAUGUUUUGUACAUUUUAAACUAAUGAAUGUGUGAUCAACAUGGGGGAGGGG